CGUUCCUUCACCAUUCCACCCAGCCAUGUGUUCGUUCCCCUCACACGUGGUGUGCAGCGAAUUCUACUCGUACAAAUGACAGCCCUCCCUCCCCCCUCCCUCCUUCUCUGGUCAUCGCAAGGCCCUCCUCUUCCUCAGUAACUUGUCGACAUACAGGUGCAGCAUACUCACACUCAGCAGACCCGCACUCGCCAUUAUGAACGUCUUGUUGUCCACCACCUGCAGCUGCUUGACGCCCUCGGGCACAGCAUACGACUGACGCCACUCCACUGGAUUGUACCGAACCUGACAGACGGCCAGACAGACACACGGCCAGACAGACAGACAGACAGACAACCACACACACCAACCUAGGACCAUGUGUGUGUGUGUUCCCCACACCCACCCAGUUCACCUUGAUGGGGUAGCCUUUCCUGUUGUUCUGGUAGGCCUCGAUCACUUCGGGCCGCUUCCAGUCUUCGCUUGACUCGUGGCCUUUCUGGUCAAAGGUCAACCGGUGGGAGGUGUGGCCACUGCAUUCCAUGUUGGUGCCUGCACGUCACUCACGUCAAUCUGACUCAUCUCAUCGGCAGACCGUGCGUCAGGGCGUGUGGUGCCUGCCCAGCAAAUCACUCACCUGUCGGUGUGUACUUGUAGUGGAUCUUGAGAAACAUCCCCGGGACGGUGAAGACAGCGGCGAAGAUGAGCCCGUGGGGCCGCAGGUAGCUGACGCCGCUGGACGUGAUCUCCCCCUGCACCUCGGUCCACUUCUCGAUGAUGCGGUCGUGGUUCUGCGUGUGGAUGCCGACCAGGACGCCGCCGGCACCCACGACCAGCCCAACGUUGGACAGAAGCCAUAGGUAUCCAGACAUAGACUCAGCAACACAGAUCAGGUGCAGUCGGCAUUGCUUGCGUCGAGAUCUGCCACGCCGCUUUCGAGGAAAGAGCUCCCG